GCAGCCACUCACUCUUGAACAAUUCGCGCCAAUUCCGUCCCAGUCUCCUCUGCACCCAAACACUCAAUCCAAAUUUCCAACAUGGCUUCCACUUCCCUUCUCAUCCACACCUCCUUCUACACGGCCGCCGCGGCUCGCCGCUCCCCCUCCGGCCUCCCUUUCCUCCGCCCACGCCGUGCGUCCCGGCUCGUCGUCUCCGCCUCGGCCUCCUCCCCGCCGCCGUCGCUCGACGCCCUCAUCUUCGACUGCGACGGCGUCAUACUGGAGUCGGAGCACUUCCACAUGCAGGCCUACAACGACGCCUUCGCGCACUUCGGGGUCCGCUGCCCGCCCGACGCCGCCGCGCCGCUGCACUGGGACGAGGACUUCAACAACGACCUCCAGAGCCGCAUCACCGGCGGGAAGCCCAAGAUGAGAUGGUACUUUGGGGAACAUGGGUGGCCAUCUUCAAAAAUAUUUGAGACACAACCUUCAAGCGACUCUGAUAAGGAGCAGUUAAUUGACAUUAUUCAGGACUGGAAAACAGAAAGAUUCAAAGAAAUAAUCAAAUCUGGAACUGUGGAGCCUAGACCUGGUGUUUUGCGUCUGAUGGAUGAAGCUAAGGAUGCUGGUAUCAAGCUUUCCGUUUGCUCUGCUGCAGCUAAAAGUUCAGUUGUGAUGUGCCUUGAAAACCUUAUUGGACUCGAACGAUUUAAUGGUCUGGACUGCUUCCUUGCCGGGGAUGAUGUUAAACUGAAGAAACCUGAUCCAUCAAUAUAUAUUCUAGCAGCAAAGAAAUUAGGUGUGGAAAGCAAGAACUGCCUUGUAGUAGAAGACAGUAUCAUUGGACUACAAGCAGCAAAAGGAGCUGGGAUGCCAUGUAUAAUAACAUUUACACCUUUUAGUGCUAAACAAGAUUUCAAGCAUUUCAAGGAUGCCGUUGCAACCUAUCCUGACCUUAGCAAUGUGAGGUUUGAGGACCUCAGGCUACUGCUCCAAGAAUCUCUCGUCACUGGAUAGAAAUGUUUCUUGCUUUCCUCAAGAAAUAAAUCAACUGAUUUUUUUUGGAGUGAUGCACCAUGUAAGUAUUUCUCUAUCGCGUACCAUUCUCUUUGGUUUAGACUCAUAUCAGCACUUUCUGUGCAACUUAUGUAGUUUUCAGUAAAUUUGGGUCGGUUAUGGGCUUAUUUCCAUUCAGAUAUAUACUUAUAAACUAAUGUCCCGUUUAUUCUAGAUUAGACUUGUGUUAACUUUUUAUUCUAAUACACCUGCAUGAGGGACGAAAAGGAGAAAAAGGGAAGGCUGGUAUAAAUUUAUGACGAAAUUCUGGAUGAGAAAAGAUGAUAACUUGUGUAAUUUGUAAGUAAAGGUGGAGUCAACAUUUGUUUCGGCAGCAGUGGGUGGUAGUAUUGCUGGUGAACCGAAGGCAGUCAUCUUUACUCCUUCUAGCACAAUACCCGUGCAUUGAUACAGACUAGAAAAAAUAAGCUACACAUUCAAAGAGAAUGUAGUAAUACCAUUUGUUGUAUCAGAUCAGAUAAUUCAUAGUUGUUCUCAUAAUUUGUACCUGAUCAACAGAUGAAAGUGAAGGACUGCUGUCACCAAUUGAGAUCUUUAUAAGAGUGGAGAUAAAGAUCUUAGUUGGUGCCAGUCUGGUGUCUCUUAACUUGCUAAGAAAUUAGUUAUCGCAAUUAUCUUACAUUCCAUGUAGUA